GGAUGUAGAAACUGACAGGGCUAAAACUCAGGUCAAACGCAGCAUAAGCCUCCCAGCCUCUCCAAUCUCCCCUCGGGAUUUGUUGAUCAAUGCUUCAUCUCCACAAUUGAAUGAGCAGCACACUUCAAGUUUUUAUGAAUUAAUGAUUUUUUACGAUUUAUUACUAUUUCUGGGGAUUUAAUCAAUGGAGAAUGUGAUGCGAUUUCAUUCCUAAAUGUCAUCCCCAUACGAUCGCAGAGGCGCACAGGCGCGUCGAGGAAAUAUCUCCUACUGGUUACCACUAGCUUUCACCGUUACUGCAGCCGCAGUAGGUGUAGUAGCAUGGAUAUGGAGCACACGAAGUGAUGAAGAUGACGACGACGACGACGAGAACCGGCCUCUUCAACCUCCAAGACCGGGCUAUGGUGAAAGAAAUCCAGAUGGCAGUUUUCGAACAGGUCCUCCCUCGUACGCAGGCGAUGUGCGACCGGGAGAAGCUUCAUUCGGCACAACGGAUCAACAACCAUCACACCCUUCACGCUCGGAAGAAUCCCAAGGUUACAUAGCUCAAAUGUCAGGCGCAUUGCAGAGAACGCCCAGUCCGCAACAAUUUAUCAAUAGUGCAAGUAGAAGUCUUGCAGCGGGAGCCGCUGCCGUUGGUGGUGUUGUGGGAAGUGCUCUCUCCUCAAUCCGGGAGGAAGACAAGCAUGGUUUCGAUGAUCAUAGAACAUGGCAGGAGGAAUCAGUUAUACGAAGAAAUGCCGCCCCAAGUCCACCCAUCACUACAACUACAACUACAACACCGGCCCCAGUCAGAGGGUCAAUCGAACCGCGCUCUCAGAGCGCUGCAGGAGUUUCCGCAGCACCUCGAACACCAGUCAGUAACGGAAAAAGGAAGACUGUCGCUAUUGUAGUAUCUGCAGAAUCACACGAUGAUGACACUGCUUCUGAAGCAGGCUAUCAUCAUGAAUAUGCGUCAAUCCUCUCUCAUCUUCCUCGCAAAACCGACUUCUCUAAAAUACGACUAUUUGUUUUAAUAUAUGCACCAGGAUUAACCGAGCAUCCAUUGGACGCUGCUGGUGGAAGACCGGGUGGAUCUCUCAGUUCCUCGUUUUCGAACAUUAGCCCUGGAGAUGUCCAUACACCCGGGGAAGAAAGCGAUAGACAGUUGACUCCAAUGUUUCCCCCAAGGCCUUCGGCUCCACUUGCAUUCGGUCCAAUUUACAACGAAGCAUUAGGGUUGGUGGAAAAAGAGACGAUGGUCCUACCAUUCACCACUCCAACUGGCCACGUUCAUCUCCUCCGACAUCUCGCACCUGAAUAUAUAUACCUACAAGAAUCCCUCGCAGGAGAAAACGGAUCGGUGAUUAACCAUCUGCAAAGUUGGUUCAGAGAAGACGUAGUUCUGAUCGUAGGCGCCGAUGGAGGCCAUGGUGGACUCGCAGAUAGCGAAUCCGAAGCGGAGAGUCAAGUUUCAAGAAAAAGAGAACAGUGGUGGGAGAGAGAAGAUAGAGUUGGUCUUGGAAGAGGCGUUGUUGUCUUAGAGGGAAAUCGCAUUGGAGACUUCUGGGCUAGAAAGGUUCUUGGAGUGGAGUAGGCAGGCAAGCGAAUAGGCAGAUAUGGGGCGUCUUUUUGUUCUUUUUCUUAUAUACCUUUGAUCUAUAGCACGGGUUUUUUGGAUGAAUGAUUGAUACCGGGUUGGGAGCGUUGAGGACAUAGGAUGUCUCUCAUGAACUGACUCGCGAAUUUUAUGUAUGAUGGAUAUCUUCUUAUUGAAUGCACAAAAUCAUAAUUCUGUUGAAUACCUA